ACAUAGUGUAUACUAUGUUACUCAUGGUUGAUUUAUAUCGGGUAAUGUAAUUACCGUCACCUCAUCCGCAAUUAUAAUGAUGCGAUACGGCACUAGGCCUGACCGGGAAAAUGACAAUACGGUCGGCUGUGGCCAUAAAACCGGAGACAAUAUGGCAUUAAACUUCAUCUUUUCUCCAGUAUCAUUGAUCGCAAAAUAAGCACAGAGUUGCAGACCAUGGCUACGAAUACAUCUUCAUUUACUACCAUCCCCGUAUUGGAUUACUCCCUCUCCACGUCGUCGACGAGCAAGUCGCAGUUCCUAUCCGACCUUCGGAAUGCACUGAUCAAUGUGGGGUUCUUCUAUCUGAUCAACGCACCCAUUGCCCCUCGAGUCCAGCAGGAUGUAGUGGAUAAAUGCAAGGAAAUCUUCGACCUACCGUUAGAGAAGAAGGUCGAGAUUGAAAUGGUGAACAGUAAACAUUUUCUGGGCUACUCUCGACUGGGAGCGGAGAUCACUGCGCGCGAACAGGACUAUCGGGAACAGUUCGAUUUCGCCACAGAGCUACCAACUCCAGGGCCUGAUGAGCCACUCUAUCGAAACAUUCGGGGCCCGAACCAGUGGCCCGAUGAAAGCGCAAUACCUGGCUUCCGCCAGGCCAUCGAGGCCUAUCUCGCGGAGAUCAGCCCACUAUCAGAUGCAUUUCGGGGACUCAUUUCAGAGGCACUCGAUCUGCCACCGACCGCGUUGGACCCGUACUUUGACGACCCGCAGCAACUGAAGUUGAAAUUGGUCAAAUAUCCACCACCGCCCGUGUCCUCGACUGAGGCAGGGGUUCAAGGCGUUGGCCCUCAUAAGGAUUCGGAGUUCCUGACCUUUCUGCUCCAAGCAUCGCCCCACUCCGGAUUAGAAGUGCAGAAUAAAUCGGGCGAUUGGAUCUCGGCUGCGCCGGUGGAGCAUUCCUUGGUGGUGAACAUCGGGCGCGCGUUGGAAGCCAUCACAGGGGGCGUGUGCACAGCGACCACCCAUCGGGUCUCCCUGGCGCCCCGGAAUUUUAUCGAUCAGACGGGCGCGUCUCUCGGGCCGCGGUUCUCCAUCCCUGUGUUCCUGGGAAUGGGCCUCGAUCUCUCUGCCGAGAAAAUUACCCUGCAGAUACCACAGCAUAUCAGGGAUCUGAUACAGGAUGACAAGGUACGAUCGGAUGCGGAGGCUACGUUUAAUCGCAUCUUCAGCGGCCGGACAGGCGAGGGAACGCUCCUUCACCGGGUGAUCAGCCACCAGGAUGUGGGUCGGAGAUGGUAUCCCGACCUCUUGGAUUAUGCUCUGAGACAAUACGAGAAACAGUAGUGAUCAGAAAAUGUACACAAGACAGCAUAAACCACUCCAGUGUGUGAUGUCAGCGGUAUUUAUGUAGAGCACAACGGCAAACUGCCGCGUAUCUGAUUUCUAAAGGGCCUUGCAGCGUCUUGGCAGUCGCUGGCGACGAUCGGCAAAACCACUCCAAUCAGAAUCCAGAUGGCUGAGGAUACCCCAGACAUCAGGAGACCAAACGAGAGAGAGGUUGGUCGUUGCCUAGCGACUGAAAAAGCCCAUGUGGGGUGAUGAUGGCGUUUGAAGCAAUUGUUCUUACGAUGACCCCCGGAGCGUCGCGGAAACCCGACGGGGCAGUUCCCGUGCGCAUAAGCCCUCGUUCAGUCGCAAUUACGGGCCGUCAAGACGAUCGCUGACACUUGGGCA